AUGACGACGGGGGCAGGACCGUCGCCCGAUGCCUCUGCCAGCAAUGCGACUGGUGCAAAAGGCAAAAGAAAACGCGUGUCGUUCGCUGAAGACACAACGCCUACUAGGCGGCAGUCACCUGGAAUCAAUGCGUCCACGGGAAACCAAACUGCCGGUACUAGAUCGCCUGGAGCUGGUUUCGUGGUGGAGCAAAUGGCCAUUCCCCUUGCUCCUAUUGGAACAGUGCCUGAACGAACAAUACCGGAGCAAGCCUUGGGUGGAUUUUCUCAGACCCCAAUGCAAACUUGUGAUGCGACGGCGAUGCGGAACAACCAGCCGACUAGAGGGGAUUCCCCCGAUCGCGCGUUUGAUAACCUUGGCAACUGGAGCAUGUUCCUACGGGACUCCAGUGAUGAAGCUAAACUUGCCCAAUACUUUGGACUGGAGCGCAAAUGUGACUUGAGACACUUUGCAUUAUCCUGGCCUGUCAUUAAAACGUGGAUAAGAGCACCGCACGAGCAGACAAGUGCCUUGAAGGAUGAGAUCAACCUCCUUGUCCAGAACAGCAAGGAUGUAUUGUCUUGCGUUGAGGACCCUUGUAACGUCUGGCCGCAGCAGCCACUGGAGACAGUGGCAGCAGCUUCUUCAAGACGAACACACAUAAUGGCAUGGCAUCUAGUACAGAUGUCAAAAGACACUGAGGAAUAUAUGCGAUCGAGCGAUGCACAGAAUUCCCACCGUACCAGAAAGUCCCGUGGCGAAAUAGGUGUGAUCCUUGAGGUCGAUCUGCCGCUUGAUGAUAUCCGCCAUCCUCGUCCCCGGCUGACAACCUGGAGAAAUGAACUCAAUGACCGAUUGGACCGCUGCUGGGCUAUACUGGGUUAUGUCUCGUGGAUUCCAUAUCUGAUGUCCUGGCAGAAGGUCCUGCAACAUACAGUCUCUGUCACAACCAACACAUCUUUAUACGAUGUGAGAAUGCCGACUAGUACAAAACCAAGACCUGGUCACGUUGCGUUGUACCCGCAAACUUCUUCGCUUCAAGAACAGACAACUACUCCGGUGCCGUCUCCAAUCAAGAUAUACUGGCAUAUCAACAAUAACACCUCCGAGAAGCCGGAUCUGUGCCGAAUCAUCACAGAACUUGUCAAUGAUGGAAACGUCCUUCCUCCGACAGACCAGAUUAUGACGCAGCAUCCUCGGCAUUGCAAAUCUGGAGCAUCAUUUCGGGACACCAUUCGACGUAUGAUGGGAUGCGGUACUUACGGAUUGAACUUGUGUGAUUUGAUCUUGUCGUAUCGAUCGACCAUUGAGGAUGCCUACUAUGAGAUCAAUAUUUUCCGAAUGCAAUGGAAGGUGCUGAAAGGUAUCUUUAUCGACUUGGAUAACUCGGAUUUCUUGAUUCGGGUGCUUCUGGAUGUUCAUGAUUUUCAGCAUGGCGAUAUUUAUGAGACCACUGAAUUGCCACCGGUGAAGUGA